CUUCAGAUAAAACACUUCAACCACAAUGCACUUUGCGGGACACGCUUUCGGGAACGGCAGUUAGUGUCUGGCCAGCUGGGAUGCUUUAUAGUAGCAGACUAUUGAGCUGGUUUGGCGUAAUCAUGCUGUGGCUUGCGCUGUGUUCGGUGUGCUUGGUGAUUGUUCCGUGGGCAAGGGCUGAUGGCCGUUUGCCGAACGAUACCAUCCCGUUGCAUUACGAUCUACACCUGGAAGUGACUGGUUUAGGAGUGAACGAUUUCACCUACCGGGGAAAUGUGUCCAUACGAAUUGCCAUUGCAAGUGAUACGAAUGAAAUUGUCCUGCACAGCGUACGGAGUACGCUCGGAUCGAUACAUCUGCGAAGAUGUCGGGAUGGCGUAGAAAUACCUCACCAAUUGCUGGAAACGGAAGAAGCUAGUGAACUGUUGCGCAUUCGUACCGAUCGUGUCCUGCGCAGGAUAGACGAUCAAGCGAUCCAGCUGACGAUCAUCUUCAACAAUACGCUGGGCGAGGAUCGAAUGGGCUUCUAUCGCACACAAUACCGUGGUCCAAAGCGAAUUCCAAUGGACGUAGCGGCAACACACUUUCAGCCAAGUUACGCACGUUUCGCCUUUCCGUGUUUCGAUGAGCCAGCACUUAAAAGUACGUUCCAGGUGACGAUCGUUAGUAACGCUAGCCAUCUCGUUGCUUCCAAUGCACCAACCAAAACGAUCACUUGGCUACCGAAUGGCCACAAGUCGGUACUGUUCGAGCGUACUCCACCAAUGCAAACGUACCUAGUAUCGUUUCUGAUCGGUAACUUUACUGCUGCACACGCUCGUAGUCCCUCCGGUGUACGGAUUGGUAUUCUUGCACCACCCAAAGAUCAGAAGAAGCUACAAUUUAGCUUGCAGGCAGCAACAACACUGCUUACCAGCUUGGAACAGUACACAGGACAGAGGUUGGGUCUAAAAAAGCUGGAUCAUGCCGCCAUUCCACGCUUUGGAAAUGCCAUGGAAAAUUGGGGCUUGGUGGCGUAUGAUGAACAAUUUCUGGUACUUUCGCCAAAAGCCCAUCGACUGCAGCGUGCCCAGGCAGUAAUAACCAUCGGUCACGAAACGGCUCACCAACUGUUCGGGAAUCUUGUUGGACCGGCUUGGUGGUCCUAUCUAUGGCUAAGUGAGGGAUUUGCAACAUACUUUGAGAUACUGUUGGGAAGCGAACUGUACCCGGAGCUGCUACCGCUGGAGGAAACUUUCGCCGUACGUCACAUGCGACCAGCUCUGUUGGCAGACGUGUUCGAAGGACAUGCGCUCACGGUGGAACCGUUGCCAGCCGAUACGGCAAAGAUUGAAACACUGUUCGAUACGAUCACGUACAGCAAGGCGGGAUGUAUACUGCGUAUGAUUAACUGCUCAAUAGGCGAGACAGCUUUCAAGAGUGGCGUACGGAGAUAUCUCGAGAAAUACCGGCAUGGGAUCGUUUCUCCAUCCGAUCUGUACAGUAGCUUCCCGGAGAUGGACGACGGUCCAACGGUGGAGCAAAUGUUUCGCAGCUGGGCAGACAAACCUGGAUAUCCGGUGGUAACGGUCGAGCGUCUUAACGGAUCCUUUGUCCGGUUUCGGCAGCAACGUCACCAGCAAGAAGCAACUGCCCGUGACAACCACUCACGCUGGUACAUCCCGAUUACGUACUACACUAACAGCAGUGCAGGAAAGUUUGAGUACCGACCAGCGUUUUGGAUGAAGGAAAGUGACCAAGAGCUGGUAGUUCGACUGGAGAUGAAUUGGGAGGAUGUUGUAAUUGUAAACCCACGGCAAAUAGGUUUCUAUCGCGUCGAGUACGAUGAGCGUGGUUGGAACAGUAUCGUCGACAUUCUAUCCUUGCUACCGUCCGUUAUGCAGGCGAAACUGGUCGACGAUGCGUUCGUGUUGGCGCGCAUUGGACUGGUCGGGUACGAGAUAUGUCUGAAGAUGCUGCAGGAACUUGCGACACACCCAGAUCCCGUACCGUGGUUAAUUGCAAUGGCAGAAGAGAAUGUUGGGUUCUUGCAGCGCGUCCUAAUGUCGGAGCAGUUUGAUCAGUUUGUGGUAGGAUUCGUUGGAGAAAUGUUUGGACUUGCAGGGAAUGUUACCCAAUCGCUGUUUCAGUCGCAAGCACUCGAACGAGCAUACGAUUGGUGGGAACGGUUGGUAACUCCAACAACAGACCCCAGCCAGAAGAAAGCUGGAACUGCUGGCAAUAUUCAGCCACCAUCUUGUCCAUUACUAACAGUGGACAACAUAGUGGAAGGAUUGAUCUCUCCUGAUGAUCUUGUACGGGAUCGUUUAUUUGCACGAUUGAAAUGUCAACUAAAAUAUCAACCUGACCCAUUGCUAUUAGCACUAGACCGUAUAAAGGAAACGAAACUUCUUACCGUAGGCAAGUUGCUUGCCGUGUUGGAAAGUAUGAUUAAAUCCAAUCCGAAACACUUGCUGCACACGACCGUACGUUUCCUUCUCACCGUAAGCAUGGACGAGAUCGGUACGGAAGGACAACGUUUGCAGCAUCUGUUAAAUGUAAUCGUACACGAGGUCACUGACCGGAAUCAGGCAGCGGAAGUACAGAAGCUCAUUGUCAAAAAUGCUUCCGUCCUGUCGGAAAAUUUCCUCGCACACGCAAACACCGUGAUGACGUCAACUAUCAGCUGGCGGAUAAAGCAGGUACCAAAGUUAAGGGAAUUCGUUAGCGAUUCCCGUAUGGCCAACUAUUAUGGGAAGGAAGACACGAACCAAGCUCAUUGGCGGGUGGUUUGAUGAAUUAAUGAAAUGGGUUACAUGUCGUAACGGUGGCGUUUGGAGGGGGGGAGGGACGAUUUUAUGACACCGGUACUGUGUGAAAAGGUUCAUCACCACUUACCACGUGUGGUAAGACUUAGUUUAGUGUGUUAGAUAAAGUUUGCUGCUGUUUGAAUGUAAUUUUAUCAUUCUAUUUAACUAUUAAAACCUGUCCUAAAUCAUGUUGAAAUCACAAAAA